AUGUCUGUCCUCGCCCGCUCUGCUCUUCGUGCUCGCGCACCUGCUGUCCUUCGCUCGACUGCAGUCCAGCGUCGUGCGCUCCAUGUCGAGAACGUCGUAGGCAACGCAACGCCGUUCAAGCACGACCCGAGUAUGAGGUUCUCCUUCGCCGCAAAGCUCGCGGCUUUCCUCCUCACGGGCGCACUCCUCCCCGUCGCUGCCUCUGCCUACCAGCUUCGCAAGAAAGCAUAG